AUUCAGAUUAUGGGUAAAUUGCGUCGUUCUCGAACUAAACGACACAUUUCGUCUGUGAGGCCAGAGAAAUCAGAGAUAUCGGAUACAAAUACAAAGAGCUAUGCUCCUAUUCCGGAGGAAUUUAUGUCUAAAGCAGCUGUAGUUCGUCUUGUUGACCAGACAGCAGACUCUAGUGGUAGAGAUCACGAUGGAGGGGAUAGGUCCCUCAGUAAGAAAGAGAGACAGAAGAUAAGACGCGAAAAAUGGCUUAAAAAAAUCGAUGCAACACAAGCACAGAACAAGCCCAAGCAUCAUCACACUCCCGUCAUCGUCGGAGACCUCGAACCUCUAAAAUCAGCUCUCACAGAACUGGAACACGUAUCACACAACACACCCAAAAAGGCACGCAAACCACGAGCCACAGACGAAUUCUCGCCGAGCAAAAAAUCGUUAACAAGAAAACACAGACAACGUGUCUUAAAAAGCGAAGUCGAACGAUUCCAUAAAGUAUUACAAGACAAAGCGUUCAAGGAGGAUCCAAUUGAGGCAAUAACACAGCAUAUCCAGUAUACUGUCAAACAGACAACUUAGUGCGGUCACGUAGUCACAUGACUAGGAA